ACCCUGUAGUGCCCUGUAACACUUGUAAGUCGCCUUGGAUAAAGUCCAAAUAAGUUAAAUAAUACAGUGCAAUCACUAGGGUGAGGGUUGUAAUAAAUGCCUCCGCAGUCUCUUAUACACCCCCCUACACACACACACACCUGUGGUUCAAGCAAAACAAAUAUCGCUAAUAAGUGAUUAAUUUUUAUGUAGGUGUCACGUUUAUUCCUUUCAAAAAGGGGGCAGUAUUACGAUCACGAAUCCUUGUAUGGAUACACUGAUAUUAUCUAUCGGGCUCCUCCUAACACAGUAUAAUAUAUGUGCUGCUUCAACGCAUUAUAUAUGACCGCUAUUAAGCUCACGACGUAACAAUGAAAGUAUAUAACCACUCCUAGCACGUCAGUUGGCGUGGGUUUCCUUUACUGUUUUUGAGCAUUGCUGUAAGUCCAGUAUAUAUGUUGGAUGCAAUUGGGUCGGUAUACAAUGCAGCGAGCUUGCGUGCCCGCUGGUUCGCCGCUGCGAGGUAAGCAUUAUUUCGAGGAGAAGAACUUCAUCCUGGACUGCGUCGCGGUGUCCUCCAUGGCUCGUGUUUACGAAAGUGCGCACCCGAAGCUGUGGGCUGUAAUCCCGCCGUAUAACGGGCAGAGCGACAACCACACCAGGCAAUAUUAUUCAUCCCCGUCGGUGAAACUGCUUUUAGAGAAAACAGGACAGGGUGGCGGCGGGACCUCAAUACACGGUCCGAUGGUGGAUUAUUUCCAUAAACUCGGACCAGGACAGCAAGCCCUCGACAGAAGAAACAUGGCUGGGGCAGGUGGUGAUAUUUACUGCAGCCCCUUUGCUACAGACCAGCGCUUCUCAAACUCGCUCUUCCGACUGGUUUUCAAACCUUUAACUUGUUGCAUCGUAGUUCAUAUUGUAUUUAUAGUAGUAUUAUUAUUUGCAUUUACUGUAACGUAUUUAAAUAUGGAUCUUGCUAUUGUCUGUACAGGUCACUCCGAUGAACAGGUGACGGGCCACAGCAGCCUGGCGUUGGUCCACAAGAAUAAUUUCGGAUACAACGGAAAGUUCGGCUACAGACGAAACACCCCCUUUCUGAGACAGAAAGCGUCGUGUUUCGGAGCCGUGACGAAGCCGCCUAUGUAG